AUGUCCCAAUCCGAGCCUCCUUACAGCUCAGAGAGCAAUUCAAGACUCCGAACCCGAAGGCCUAGCCCGAGCAAUCAAUCAUGCCCUCGAAAACGACAGCGACAGAUCCGACCGGCCAGGUUCGGCCCACCGCUACUUCCGGAUAGACCACAGUCAGCUACUAGCACCGCGACAAGUAUCGACACAACCAAGCAUCCGGAGGCGAAGGAGUCAGUGGGAGAUGGUUCAGAGCGACGAGGAGGUUCUAUCUUGUAUAACAGUUAGGAAAUAGAGGUGUAGAUAGCCACCUUCGAGGGCGUAAUAGAGUUGGCCUUGUUCUGUAUGGAAAACAAGACCUUAUUUUAACGCCUGUGCAAGACCUGUUCAAGGGGGCUGGCCCGACCUACAGAA